UCUCUGCGCUGCUCGCCGCCGCAUUCCUGCUCGUGCGCAAGGUCCCGCCGCUCUGCCGUGGGCUGCCCUCGCAGCGGGAGGAUGGCAACCCUUGUGACUUUGACUGGAGGGAGGUGGAGAUCCUCAUGUUCCUCAGUGCCAUUGUUAUGAUGAAGAACCGGCGCUCCAUCACCGUGGAGCAGCACAUCGGCAAUAUCUUCAUGUUCAGCAAAGUGGCCAAUGCCAUCCUGUUCUUCCGCCUCGACAUCCGCAUGGGGCUGCUCUACCUCACGCUCUGCAUAGUGUUCCUGAUGACCUGCAAGCCACCCCUUUACAUGGGCCCUGAAUACAUCAAGUACUUCAGUGACAAGACCAUCGAUGAGGAGCUGGAGAGGGACAAGCGGGUGACAUGGAUUGUUGAGUUCUUUGCCAACUGGUCCAGUGAGUGCCAGUCCUUUGCACCCAUCUUCGCCGACCUCUCUCUCAAGUACAACUGCUCAGGACUCCAGUUUGGGAAGGUGGAUGUUGGCCGGUACACGGACGUCAGUACCAGGUACAAGGUCAGCACCUCACCUCUCACCAAGCAGCUGCCCACCCUCAUCCUCUUCCAGGGUGGGACAGAGAUCAUGCGGCGACCGCAGAUCGACAAGAAGGGCCGGGCUGUGUCCUGGACCUUCUCUGAGGAGAAUGUGAUCCGGGAGUUCAACCUUAACGAGCUCUACCAGAAGGCCAAGAAGCAGUCGAAGCCGCGAGAGGAGGGGCCUGAGGAGCCCCUAGCCGUGCCAGCGGCUGCACCUCAGGAGGAGACCAAGAAGGACAAGUAGAAGCUGCCCUGUACUGUCGCCCAUCACUAUGUCACCAUCACCCUGGUGGCACCGGCCCCGCGAGCCCGCCCGGCCCUGCCCGGAGCCGCUCUCUGUGGGGACUUGUCCCGGCUGAGCCCCGGGAAAGCAGCGGUGCCCCCGGC